AUGGACAAAAUUAAAUCAACCAGCUUCCAGCGUCUGAGCACGAAUAUCGGCAUUGAUAUCGGCGGCUCUCUUGUGAAAAUUGUACUGGUCGACGACGUGGCGGGGGUUGGCCAUGAUGAGGGCUCGGAGAAUACAACCAAAGAAGGAAACAGUGAUCAGCAUCCAUUUGAGGCAUAUAUUCGAGCUCAGGUACCACAGGCGCAAGAGGAGGUGAAACUUCCGGCUGGCUGGCAAGCGCGGGUAAUCGAAUGCGGCAACACUGCGAAUAUGGACAGUGCUCAGCAAAAGGGCGCAGCGGCUUUGCGUGUCCUUGUAUUUCCGACUAGCGAUCUUGAACAAGUAAUCGACAAGAUAGUCCUGUCACAUGGAGAAGUGACUCAGAGGACGAAGAUUUACAUUGCGGCAACCGGCGGUGGUGCGCACAAAUUCCAAAGCAAACUUGCGGACAAGCUGCACGUAGAAAUGGACAUGGUCAAUGAGCUCAAGGCUGUGGCGGGCGGCUGGCGGUUUGAUGUCUUGCAGAGCGGCGCAAGCAAUGGUAAAGUGGAAUAUCCGGCGCUUAUCUGCAACGUUGGCACGGGCGUGUCUCUGAUAAGUGUCGACGAGCAGGGCGAGUUUGAGCGGGUCAGUGGAAGUGGGCUCGGGGGUGCGACCUUCUGGGGCUUGGUCAAGCGGCUGACAAAAUACACCAAUUUUGACAGUGCCGUGAUGGCCGCACAUACAAGUGGCGAUGCAGGCAGCGCGGAUACGCUGGUUGGCGACAUUUACGGUAUAGAGACGAGCAAGGAGAUCGGUAUGCCGCCCGACCUGGUCGCUGGCUUCUUGGGCAAGCUGGACUCGCCUAAUCUUUCAGACGCCGACAUUGUCGCCGCGUUGCUUCGCAUGAUCACCAACAAUCUCGGACAACUAGCAGUAUUCCAGGCCCGGCUGACAGGCGCUCAAUCGGUAUGGUUUACAGGCGGAUUUUUCCAGAGUGGAUCAGCAAAUAGCCAGGGUGCAAUGGGCGAUGCGUCGGGGAUUAUACAAGAUGCUGUAGCGAGGGCCGUGAUGUUUUGGUCUGCUGGGAAAGUGCAGUCGCUUUUCCCGCAAAACACAUCAAUACUAGGUGCUUUGGGUGCUGUGAUUGCGCUUGACAAAGAAUAG